AUGCGCCACCUCCGCCGGCUUGAUCUGUCUUACAACGAGACCCUGAAGGACAAGGAGAUUGGAGCCAUGCUAUCAUCUUGCCGGAAUCUAAUUGACAUCCGGUUUAGGGGUUGCCGCGGCAUUACCGGUGAAUCGCUACUCUCAUUGCUUAGGCACUGUGGGCAGACAGUGGAGGUUGUGGACAUCUCCCGCUGCCCUGCCAUUAAAGGGGCCAGUGUCGAACUCUUUGCACAGCGAGCCGCCCGUUUGAACCAUUUGGUCAUCGAGGAGAGCUUGGUGUCGGAGGAACUGAAGGCGAUUGCACGGACGAAACGCAUGAAGGUUGGCCCAUUGCCUUGUGAAGGAUCAUUCUGA